UCUAAUAAGUGGGAGUAAAAUGGAAUUUCUUACCUGGGUUUUUCCUGCCUUGGUUCUACUCUGCACCCAGCAGCACAGGUGUAUCAGAGCUAUGAAUGACAUUGGAGAUUACAUAGGUUCCAACAUCGAAAUCUCCUGGUUACCCAACCUGGAUGAUUUAAUGAAGGGGUAUGCACGGAACUUCAGGCCUGGGAUUGGAGGCCCUCCUGUUAAUGUUGCUCUUGCAAUUGAAGUAGCCAGCAUUGACCACAUCUCAGAAGUGAACAUGGAGUACACCAUGACGGUGUUCUUGCACCAGAGCUGGCGAGAUGAUCGUCUGUCCUACAACCACACCAAUGAAACCCUGGGCUUAGACAGCCGCUUUGUGGACAAGCUCUGGUUGCCAGAUACUUUCAUAGUGAAUGCCAAGUCUGCCUGGUUCCACGAUGUGACUGUGGAAAACAAACUGAUCAGGCUCCAGCCAGAUGGAGUCAUUUUAUACAGCAUCAGGAUUACCUCAACAGUGGCCUGUGACAUGGACCUUUCCAAGUACCCGAUGGAUGAGCAGGAAUGCAUGUUGGACUUGGAGAGCUAUGGCUACUCUUCAGAGGACAUCGUCUACCACUGGUCAGAAAACCAGGAUGAGAUCCAUGGGCUGGACAAGCUGCAACUGGCUCAGUUCACAAUUACCAAUUAUCAGUUCACAACAGAAAUGAUGAACUUCAAAUCUGCAGGUCAGUUCCCCAGGCUCAGUCUCCACUUCCACCUUCGUCGCAAUCGAGGAGUUUACAUCAUUCAGUCUUAUGUCCCUUCUAUCUUACUAGUGGCCAUGUCGUGGGUGUCCUUCUGGAUCAGCCAGUCAGCUGUGCCUGCCAGGGUGUCAUUAGGUAUCACCACUGUUCUUACUAUGACUACACUGAUGGUCAGUGCCCGCUCAUCACUGCCACGAGCAUCUGCCAUCAAGGCUCUUGAUGUCUACUUCUGGAUCUGCUAUGUGUUUGUCUUUGCUGCACUGGUAGAAUAUGCAUUUGCACAUUUCAAUGCUGACUACAUGAAAAAGCAGAAGAACAAGAUCAAAGCGAGAAGGCAGAGUGCAGAGAUCAACGUGAAGAACGCCAUUGUUCUGUUUUCCCUUUCCAUAGCUGGUGUGAACCAGGGAUUGGUCAUUUCCAACAGGCAGCACCGAAUUCCCAGGAGCCUGCCUGGAUCGUAUGGCACAAUAGAAAUAGAAACUGGAGAAAGAAAACAGCAUCAGAUCAUGAAACUGGACAAAAAGGGUGGUCUGAAGUCCCUCUUUAAGCCCAUUGAUGCUGACACCAUCGAUAUCUAUGCCAGAGCUGUGUUCCCAGCAGCCUUUGCAGCAGUCAAUGUUAUCUACUGGGUUGCAUACACAAUGUGAACACCAAACCAGAACACUCAUGUGAAGAGCUGCAAAGUGAGCAGUGCCAACAGACUUGAAAGCCCUUGCUGAAACUGUAUGGAUCCAUCCCUGCUCAAAGUAUUUCCUGAGGAGUCUGAGACGUUGCUAAAGCCAAGGAAGUCCUGCAGUCAGUUCCUCCUAACAGCAGCCAUUUCUGACCAAGCUGAUUUGUGCUCUGCCAAGUGAUCCUGGCUCCUUAGUUCCUCUGUUACCAUCAGACAAUUUUUAAAUGUACAUAUUUGCAGCACAAGUUUAAAUUCUCAUGGGAUUCCUCCACUUGAAGGGCUGAUCAGUAAAGAAGAUUUGGCUUUUCACACUCAGAUCAUUUCCUUUUUUCUAAUGGAAGAGCUAACUUCUGGCUUAAACAUAGGAGUGAUUUUCUGCAUCCAACCUUCUCUGGGAUGGUCAAGGUUUAACAGUAGUGGUAAAGCUGGGAUUUUUAAUCACAAACAUCUGAUGAACAAAGUAAAAGGGGAACAGAAGGGAGUGGAGGCUUUUUCUUAAAUUAUUAUUUGUCUUGGCUCAAGUAUUCAGAACAUUUCAAUGCUCCUACUCACAGCAUGAAAUAAAAUAUACUACAGACAAUUCUA